CUUUUUUCCCUUUAAGUAACACGCUUUAUUUUAAACACUGUGAAAGAUGUUCCGCUGGGCGAACAAUGACGGAAAGAAAAAGGACCCCGAACUGUUUCAGACGGUUUCUGACGGGCUGAAGCGACUCUACCGGACCAAACUCUUUCCCCUGGAAGACACCUACCGCUUCCACGACUUCCACUCUCCGGCUCUGGAAGAUGCUGAUUUCGAUAACAAGCCCAUGGUACUUUUAGUGGGCCAGUACUCCACGGGGAAAACCACUUUUAUUCGGCAUCUGAUGGAGCAGGAUUUCCCCGGGAUGCGCAUAGGCCCCGAGCCCACCACCGAUUCAUUCAUAGCGGUGAUGCACGGGGACCAGGAGAGUCUCAUCCCGGGCAAUGCUUUAGUGGUUGACCCCAAGAAACCCUUCAGAAAACUCAACGCCUUUGGAAACGCUUUUCUGAACAGGUUUAUAUGUGCUCAGAUGCCAAAUCCAGUGUUGGACAGCAUCAGCAUCAUAGACACUCCUGGAAUCCUGUCUGGAGAGAAACAGCGGAUCAGCAGAGGUUAUGACUUUGCUGCAGUGCUCGAAUGGUUCGCUGAACGCGUGGACCGCAUUAUUCUUCUCUUUGACGCACACAAGUUGGACAUCUCAGAUGAGUUCUCAGAAGUGAUCCGAGCUCUGAAAAAUCAUGAGGACAAGAUGCGGGUGGUGCUCAACAAAGCUGAUCAGAUUGGGACCCAGCAGCUGAUGCGGGUGUAUGGUGCCCUCAUGUGGUCGCUCGGUAAAAUUGUCAACACCCCAGAGGUCAUCCGAGUCUACAUUGGCUCUUUCUGGGCUCAGCCUCUCCUGGUUGCAGAUAACAGGAAACUGUUUGAGGCAGAGGAACAAGACCUUUUCCGUGACAUCCAGGGACUUCCACGAAAUGCAGCGCUGCGCAAGCUGAACGACCUUAUCAAACGGGCCCGUCUAGCCAAAGUUCAUGCGUACAUCAUCUGUGCUUUGAAGAAAGAAAUGCCAAAUGUUUUUGGGAAGGAGAAUAAGAAAAAGGAGCUCAUUGCUAACCUGGGUGACAUAUAUGCAAGGAUUGAAAAAGAACAACAGAUCUCUCCUGGUGAUUUCCCUAAACUCAGUAAAAUGCAGGAAGUCCUCGGUGGUCAAGACUUCACUAAGUUUCAGGGACUGAAGCCUAAGCUGGUGGAAGCAGUGGAGGAUAUGCUGGCCAAUGAUAUCGCCAAACUCAUGACCCUCGUUCGGCAGGAGGAGGCUGCCAUGCCCAGCCAGGCUGUCCAGGGUGGUGCCUUUGACGGCACCAUGAAUGGACCCUUCGGGCAUGGCUAUGGAGAGGGUGCUGGUGAAGGCAUUGAUGAGCUGGAGUGGAUCGUGGCGAAAGACAAGCCAACUUACGACGAGAUCUUCUACACCCUGUCACCCGUCAAUGGGAAGGUCUCUGGUGCCAUGGCCAAGAAGGAGAUGGUCAAAUCCAAGCUGCCUAACAAUGUUCUAGGAAAGAUCUGGAAGCUUGCUGAUGUGGAUAAGGAUGGGUUCCUGGAUGACGAAGAGUUUGCCUUAGCUAACCACCUCAUCAAGGUCAAACUGGAAGGUCACGAGUUACCUGCUGAUCUUCCUGAUCACCUUGUGCCUCCUUCUAAACGAGGACAGUAAACAAUUUGGGAAAAUAAAUAUUAUCAUUGAGCCAAGCUUUGUUGAGGUUAUGGAUGGAUGUGGGGAGGGUCUGGAAGCGUAAAAACAUAUAAUAUAAACAUAACAUUUUUUAUAGAAUUAAACAAUAUGCAUUAGCUACAGGGAUCGAGCCAAAUAGCUUUUAACUUAUCUGUCAAUACAGUUUCUCACCUUUGCUAUUAUUA